AUCCCAUUGUGGGCGCAAAAACCUAAAAUAGAUUCAGAUGCCCGGGACUUUCGCCUAGGCCCCAGUCCUAGUCUCCAUUAAAAUACUUCGCGUAAGCAUCUCUUCUUCUCCGUCUCUUCACAGCUACGCACACUUGCACAGUGGGCUAAUCAUACAUCAUGGCGUUCUACUUCCACGGACUGCCCAUAGGAUGGGUGGCCAUCAUGCUGGCACUUUUGGCGUCAAUGGGUGGUUUCAUCUUUGGAUAUGACACUGGUCAGAUAUCAGAUAUCCUGUUGAUGGAUGAUUUCCUACUUCGCUUUGCCACCUGCUCCACACCUGGAGAUGUAUCGACUUGUUCAUUUUCCACUGUACGGGAAGGUCUCAUCGUAUCCCUUCUCUCCAUCGGAACCCUCGUCGGCGCGCUCCUGGGUGCACCCAUUGCUGACUUUCUAGGACGUCGUUAUGCCAUGUCCGUGGAGUGUGUGGUGUUCACUAUCGGAGUCAUCAUUCAGAUAACUUCGAACCAUGUCUGGCAGCAAUUUGCUGUCGGCCGGCUUGUUAGUGGCUUGGGUGUUGGGGCACUUAGUGCUGCCGUCCCGAUGUAUCAAGCCGAGACAGCCCCAUCUCAGAUCCGUGGUACUUUGACUGCAACUUAUCAACUGUUCAUCACGUUCGGUAUCCUGGUUGCUUACUGUAUCUCGAUUGGAACACGGGACAUGUCGAAUUCUGCUUCAUGGCGCAUCGUUGUUGGCAUCGGCAUCCUGUGGGCACUGAUUCUCGGUAUCGGCAUCCUCUUCAUGCCAGAGAGUCCUAGAUGGCUUGCCGCGCAUGACAGAAUGGAGGACGCUCAGUUUUCUCUCGCGCGUUCUCGCGGUAUUCCAAAGGAAGAGGCGAAGAGCCACUACAUCAUCACUCGCGAGGUCGAGGAAAUCAAGUCUUCUGUCGAAUACGAAAAGCAGAUUCGUGGCGGGUGGAUCGACUGCUUUAGGCCACAAAACAAGACUCUCUACCGUACUCUCCUUGGAAUGAGUCUACAGAGCCUUCAACAGCUCACUGGGGCCAAUUACUUCUUUUACUAUGGUGCAACUGUGUUCGAAGCAGUAGGUCUCAGUGACUCGUUUGUGACUCAGAUCAUUCUUGGCACUGUCAACUUUGUCUGUACGUUCGGCGGAAUGUAUGUCCUCGAAAGGUUUGGGCGUCGCAGACCUCUGAUCAUUGGAGGAAUCUGGCAAUCAGCAUGGCUUUUCGUGUUCGCCGCUGCUGGAACUGCUGUAGAUCCUACGACUCAUCCUGGCGUUGGGAAAUUGAUGAUCGUGUCGGCCUGCAUGUUUAUCUGGGGUUAUGCGAUGACCUGGGCUCCUGGUGUCUGGAUUCUCAUUGGAGAAACGUUCCCUACACGGACCCGUGCCAAACAAGGUAGUCUGUCGACCGCGGCAAACUGGAUUUGGAAUUUCCUUUUGGCGUUCUUUACGCCCUUCAUCAGUAGUGCCAUAAGCUACCGCUACGGUUUUGUUUUUGCGGCAUGCAAUUUGACGGGAGCCGUGGUCGUCUAUUUCUUCCUUUACGAAUCAUCUAAUCUCUCACUAGAAAGUGUGAACAUGAUGUAUACUGACCCUAAUUGCAAACCUUGGACUUCCCGCGAAUGGGCUCCACCUGGGUAUUCUUCGCGCCAGGAUCUUAUCGAUCGAACCAGAGCCGCGGAGGCGCAUAAACCCCUCGCGUCCAGCGCACUUGAGAAAGGCAAGAUCGAGGAAUCCUCUGAGCCCUCUGCGAACGGAUCAUAGUCGAGAUGAAUGACAUUGAGCAGACACACUUCAUUUAUAUGAGCUACAUACUUAGUUUUCUGCGAUCCCCAUCGCAGAUUUUAAUUCCAUACUUAUUUUGAUGCACCAGCAUCCGUUCUUGACGUUUCCUGCCAGGUACACGACGCUUGACAUGUGAUGUGGGACCGCCGCUUGGUAUCACAUGGACUCAAGUAAGCCUAGCCAUGGCCGAGGUAAAUAACGGACAUGCCUCCAGGCACAUCAUUCGGUUAGAGCGAGCAUCGCACUGAUCAGACACUUGUUGGGUUUGCAGUUCGUCGAAACC